AUGGCUGAAACAACCGACCUUCAAGUAUUCCCAGGGGCUACAUGGACUGCCAGCAAUGGACGGCACAUCCAGGCCCACGGCGGAGGCUUCCUCAAAGUGGGAGCCACGUGGUACUGGCAUGGCGAGGACAAGACAGAAGGCACAUGCUUCCAGAACAUCAACUGCUACAGUACCAAUGACCUUGCGCAGUGGAAGUAUGAGGGCCCUGUUCUGAGCCGUCAGGGGUCUGGCGACCUAGGCCCUGGUCGCCUUGUGGAGCGUCCGAAGGUCAUCUACAACAAGUUGACCAACAAAUAUGUUAUGUGGAUGCAUAUUGAAGACCUGGAGUACAAAGAUGCCAAAGUGGGUGUCGCAGCCUGCGAUACCGUCACUGGUCGUUUUCAGUACAGGGGAAGCUUCCGACCUCUGGGCUUUGAGAGCCGUGACAUCGGGGUUUUUGUUGACGACGAUGAUAAAGCUUACCUGAUGAGCGAAGAUCGUCCCAAUGGACUUCGCAUUUACGAGCUGUCUAACGACUAUCUCUCCGUCACCAAGAUGCUCCACCUGUUCCCAGAGCAUCUAGAGAGCCCUGCCAUGAUUAAGCGGAAUGGCAUCUACUAUCUGCUCGCGUCGCAGCUCACUGGCUGGGAGCUCAACGACAACAUGUACACGACCUCAACAUCUUUGACUGGACCAUGGGAGCCUUGGAAGCUCUUUGCUGAGGCCGGAACAGCCACCUACGGCUCACAAGUUACCUUUAUUCUGGAUUUGGGGUCGUCUGUGCUGUACAUGGGAGACCGCUGGGAGCAUCCUCCGCUACCACGUAGUACAUACGUGUGGCUGCCACUCAACAUCAGUGGUUGGACCGUCACCCUGGAGAAUAUCGACAGCUUUGUUCUGGAUGCUAGAGCCGGCGGGACCAGAGAUGCCAUCCCAUCUACCAUGUAUAAACCUGACAACGAGAACGCCGCCACCGCUUCCAAGGUUACUUUUGAGAGCCGAGCAACGGUUAGCAGAUUGACCUUGGCUAUUCAGUACACUAGCUCUUUUGAGAAGGAGCAAAACCUCGUCGUAGCAGUUGACGGUCUCACAUGCAAGCUGGCUUUUCUUCCCAGCGCGACCCCGGAUACCUUGGCGGUCACAACUCUUCAUAUAAGAGGAGAGAUUCCUCCUGGACAACACUGUUUUGAGGUUGUGGAUCAAAGAUUUGAACCGUCGGGCCUUUCAGUUAGGGGACUCGUUGUUCCCAAUGUAUAG